GGCCACGCCCAAGAAUUGGCCACACCUCCUUGCACCACACUGCGUGACCUCUGGGACGUCUGUGACGUAGCCCAGUUUUCUUAAAGAUGGCGUCUGUUUCAGAACUGUAUGAUGUGACCUGGGAAGAAAUGCGAGACAAAUUGAGGAAAUGGAGAGAAGAGAACUAUAGAAACAGUGAACAAAUCGUGGAUGUUGGUGAAGAACUGAUCAACGAGCAUGCGUCGAAGCUCGGGGAUGACAUUUGGAUUGUUUAUGAGCAGGUGAUGAUUGCUGCGCUGGAUUGCUGUCGGGACGAUUUGGCUUGGAGCUGUCUACAGGAACUGAAGAGGCAGUUUCCAGGUAGCCACAGAGUGAAGCGAUUAGCCGGCAUGCGGCUGGAGGCUUUGGAAAGGUAUGAAGAUGCCAACAAGCUAUAUGAUGCGUUAUUACAAGAUGACCCAACCAACACGGCCGCGAGAAAGCGCAAGAUUGCCAUUCUGAAAGCACAAGGGAAAAGCGCAGAGGCCAUCCGCGAGCUGAAUGAGUAUCUGGAGCAGUUCGUCGGAGACCAGGAAGCCUGGCACGAAUUGUCGGAGCUCUACAUCAACGAGCACGACUAUGCUAAAGCUGCGUUUUGCCUGGAGGAGCUGAUGAUGACCAACCCCCAUAAUCACUUGUACUGUGAGCAGUAUGCUGAGGUGAAGUACACACAAGGUGGCAUGGAGAAUCUGGAGCUGUCUAGAAAAUAUUUUGCCCAGGCACUGAAGCUAAACAAUAGAAACAUGAGAGCUCUGUUUGGCCUGUACAUGUCGGCCAGCCACAUCGCGGCGAGCCCCAAGGUCAGCGCCAAGGUGAAGAAGGACAACGUGAAGUACGCCGCCUGGGCGGCCGCUCAGAUCAACAGGGCCUACCAGCUGGCCGGUCGGGGGACAAAAGACUCCAAGUGCUCAGUGAAGGCAGUGGAGGAGAUGCUGGAAUCCAUGCAGAUCACCAUGUCCUAGAGCUGCACCUACACCUCCCCCCCAUCCCCCCCAAUGAGCAGAAAUGGCAGCUCCACCCCCCCCCCCUUCCCCAAGUCCCUGAACCACGCCUUCUCUCCUCACUUUUUUAUAUCAUUAAAGAUUUAUGUUUAAUUUAAUGAUGAGCCAAGGACAGACAGGUUAGAGGCAGAACAUGUUGCAUAAAGCACGUAGCCGUGGCGACUUCUGAGAUCCAGACGGCGUACGGUCGAUGUUGCUUUCGUGUUCUGCUCUCGAACCUUGCUUGUUUGCUAACAGAAUAGUUGAUAAUUGCAAUUAUGUUCACGGUUAUGGCCACACUUGUCUAUAAGUUGUCACAAUAAACUUUUAAAUUGCUUCCA